AUGACCGAUCUUCUUAAACGGAAUGGACCUGUAGGCGCUAUAUACGAAUGUUCUACCAAAGGCUGGAUGAACGAAGAGCUAUUUCUAACAUGGGUAAAGCAUUUUAAAAAACAUUCUGCAGCGUCUAAAGAAAAUCCAGUUUUGCUCUUGUUAGAUAACCACAGUAGCCAUUGCUCUCUAGCGACUUAUGAAUUUUGUCGUGAAAAUGGGAUAAUUAUGUUAUCCUUCCCACCCCAUACGUCCCAUAAACUGCAGCCUCUUGACUUAACAGUUUUUGGGCGAUUAAAAUCUGCUUACUCGAAUGAAUGCUCACUUUUUAUGAGACAAAACAUACAUCAAAAAAUAACACCAUAUGAUGUAGCUGAGAUUUUUAAUCGUGCUUUCAUCCAUGUUGCUACUAUUGAAAAAGUUCAGAAGGGGUUCGAAGUUAGUGGGAUUGUACCAUAUAGGCCAAAUGUGUUUACAGAUGAAGAUUUUUUGCCCGCAACCCUUUCUCAAAUACCAGUAACAGCUCAACGUGAACCUGACGCACAUGAAUCUCAACCCUCUACCUCUGAUGGUAACGCGGAACGUCAACCCUGUGCCUCACGUGAAGUUGAGCCUCAACCCUCUACCUCUCGAAGAGCUGAUCGUCAGCCCUCUAUAUCUCAAGGAACUGAAUCUCAAGCCUCUACCUCACUAUUAAAUACUGAUAAGCAUCCGAGUAAAGUAAAAACCAAUAUAUCGAUUGAAGAAAUAACAGCCCUCCGCAGAGUUGAAAAAAGGACUAAACAGAAGGGCAAGAAAAUUAGGAAUAUCAAAAAUCCUCACAGCCACUCCAGAGAAAACUGA